AUGCAAGGACUCUCUGUGCUUUUACAGGUCGUAUCAUUGGGGUUCCUAUUGCCCUAUGCCCUGGUUCUCCAUAUCACGGAAUCUCGAUCGGCGAAGCUCGCACAGACUGUAGUAACAAGCUGCUCCCUCAUCGGCCUCUGGAUAGGUGGCGGAAACCGGUCUCUUGGUUACCUCACUCUGAACCUGACUCUAACCCUCCUAAUUUGCAUUUAUACAUUCACAUACUGGUACUUAUAUAGAUAUGCCGCCCUUAGCAAUACCCUGAGCACACAAUACGUCAAGAGUGCGUAUCAUGGUGCUAGCGUCUCGCUCCUCGUCCUCGGUUGGUUCCAGAUAACAUGCGGAACAUUGGAUAAUCUCGGGAUUUUGCACCACAACCUGAUCAUGAUUGCACACUCCUGCCCUGCCUUGCUCAUUAUCGGUCUUGCCACAUUCUGGCUAACAUCAUCCGCGGGCAUCGGGCGACACGGAUACUGUCGCUCGCCCGAAUAUUAUGACUGCCUCUACACGACUGGGAUGAGCGUUGUAUUAAUCCCCGUUGUUAUCGGCACAGAUAUAAUGGGAAGGGAUCUAGAGGCUCCUCUUGGUUUCCCUCCACAUCUUUUCUACCUGCUGGUGAUGCUUGCUGCCUCGCAGCUUGGCAUCUGGCUCAGUAGGGAUAGAUACAACGCACCCAGGAGGAACCUCAUGCUAGCUCUGAUUUGUGUUCUCUGGGGCCAACAGAUGGCCGCACAUCAUCAAGACUCUAAGUUGGCCAAGAGCGUGCAUGAAUCUUUCGGGCACACCCUUCUAGCUAUGGGGGCCGCACGAGCUUUGGAGAUUCUAGUGAUCCCGAGUAUAUCGCCGGCGCAUUCUACAAGCUCGGAGCACGAGCACCUCCGCUACCUGCCACCAAUGUUCGGCUUUGUGGCGGCAUUUAUGAUCCUCGGAGGUUCGCACGAUAUGAUCCGGACCUUCGAGGAGCUGGGUAGUGACUCCUCUGGGUAUAUAGCACUACUCCAGGCCUGUGGAUUUGGUCUCUUCUUAUUUAUCGCUGUUCUCAUCAGGAGAGUAGCUGCCUCUCUAGAAUUGGACGAUGGCGACAAGACAUAUGAUUAUGAAGAAUGCACGACGGAAGGAUCUGAACGCCAGCCAUUGGCGCCCUAA